GCUCUAGUUAGUACAAUAUUUCUGUUGCACUAAUCGUUCUAUAUUCUUAAACUUUUAGCAGCUACCGCAGUUUUGCAACGAUAAUAGAUUAUUUUAAAGCUGUGACUUUUCACCAAAGAUAUCACUAUCGCCUUCUCGGUUCCGCAGAAGCUCUAACUCGGUCACACUGCAUCCAGUCUGCUCUAAAUGUUGCUCAGCAAUGAGUUGUACUCUCCCGCCUGUCCUGUUGCUUGUGAUAGCCGAGGUCUGGAUUGCCCACGCCGCCAACAGAGCAGGUGUAUGCUUAGAUGGAGAACAUGGGGAAAGUGAGAGAUGCUGUGAAGGAUAUAGGAAAAAUUCUGCAAAUGACUGUGUGCCCAGAUGCAGUGGAGGCUGUCCACCCAAUCAGUAUUGUUCAGCUCCUAAUAUCUGCUCAUGCAAGAGUGGUUAUGUGAAGAUUGGAAAAAAUAAGUGCAUGCCUUUCUGUGCAGGUGGUUGCCAGAAUGGACGUUGUUCAGCCCCCGACGUUUGCACAUGCAAUGACGGUUUUGUGAUGCAUGAAUCUUUAUGCAUUCCUGCAUGUGAAUGUCAACAUGGCCGCUGUACAGAGAAUGAUAACUGUGUCUGUGAUGAGGGUUAUAUUCUAAACAAGAAUAAAACAGAUGAAUGUGUUCCAUUCUGUCCUCUAGGCUGUAUAAAUGGCUAUUGUUCAAUGCCAAAUAUCUGCACUUGUAAGAAUGGUUAUAUCCAAGACAAAGCUGUCCCAUAUAUGUGUGUUCCUAUGUGUCCUGCUGUGUGCAAAAAUGGUUGGUGUAAUGGACCUUUUACUUGUGAAUGUUAUGAAGGUUUCAUAAAAAACCACAACUAUGAAUGUGUACCAGGAUGCAAGAAUGGUUGCAAUAAUGGACAGUGCAUAGGACCAGAACUUUGUGUAUGCAAUGAAGGGUUUAUGAAGAAUAACUUGUCAGAUUCUCCUGAAUGCGUGCCAGAAUGUAAUCAGGAGUGUGUAAAUGGGGAAUGCACACAACCUAACAACUGUACAUGCUUUGCUGGGUACACAAAGGACUUGGAACAUCCCCAUAAUUGUGUGCCACUGCAUUACAGAGAAUGUGCAAAUGGUAAUAUCUCUUUGCAAGGCAAAUGUAUAUGCUAUGAAGGUUACAAAGAAGAUGAUAAAAAUACGAACAUCUGUGUGCCAGAUUGUACUGUUGAAUGCAUUAAUGGCAAUUGCACUGCUCCAAACUUAUGUACUUGCUUUGAUGGAUACACAAAUGAUUUAACACAACCAAACCGGUGUAUACCUACAUGUAUACAGCAAUGUAUUAAUGGGAAAUGCUCUCAACCAAAUGUGUGUCACUGCCUUUCUGGAUAUGCUAUGACAGACAUUAAAGAACCUAACAAAUGUUUUCCAGUUUGUGAUGAACCAUGUAUUAACUCUAAAUGUGUAGCCCCAAACAAGUGUGUGUGUCAUGAUGGCUUUGUUCCUGACUUAAAAUUCAGGAACAGAUGUGUGAUAAGGUGUCCUGAUCGUUGUAUCAAUGGAAACUGUACUGUGAACAGAACCUGUGAAUGUUAUGAAGGAUGGACUGGCACAGAUUGCAGUCUCCAGAUAGACUACAAGCAUCAUUAUUCCAGUGUUAACACAAUGCAAGUACAGGCAGACUAUUGGUUGCCAGAUAGGAUAAAUAUGCUUUGGAUCAGCGUGGUAAUUAUAAUGGCUGUAUCUCUCAUACUUGUCCCUGGCAUCUCGAAGAUUGUAUCUCGUUGCCAACAAAAGAAGGAAGCGAAGAGUGAUGGGGAAGUAAUGUAUGUCCAAAACCCUGAAAUGAAUGACUUGAGCACCGAAGCCCUAUGUGUUGACAAAUACAGAGAUGAAGCAUACUACUGAACUUUAGAAAAUAUAUGCAGCUGGAAAUGAAAAGAUCGCCUUUCAUAAUAUUAAUAAAUAUUUGUGGGAUUUGGA